UUGGCUCCACUCUGGUUCAUCACCGCCGAGCUUUUUGCAGAAUACGAGUGCUCCUGAAAUCGGCCCCCAGUGAACCGGGGCCGGUCCUAUGGGUCGCGGCUUGACCGUGCGCCUUUAACGGGAAGGGACCAGGACCCGGGGCUGCCGCCGCCGCUCCGCAAAUCUGAUGCUUUACUGUGGGGAAAGUGUAGAGUGCGGGAGAAAGGCGCCGCGGCUCCGGGUGAAGCAAUACUGGGGGAGAUGGAAGUCGUUUCCACCUAAAGACACUUGGGGAGCCGAGGCUCUACUAUAGGAAACGGACGGAAAACUGCUCAAGUAACUCAGCAAUGAGUUGCACUUAAUUUUCUCAGUUUGCGUGAGAUUGGCUACUAAGGAUUACCCUUAAAUAUUUAUCAAUAUUUACUCACGUGUUUGACUGAAUAUAGACACUGUAAUAAUCUUUUAAUGCCAAUAUUUUCUGUAAAUAUAGCGUAUGAAUGAGGACAAUGAGAUGAUUCAAGCCAUGCAACUUCAAUAAGCAGACUUAAACAAGUGGAAAUACCUCGCCGAGAACAGCUGCUUGGAAGACGGAUAAAGAGAUUAAAAAAGCAGCCACCCUCACGCCCUGAAGAUGAAGCCCCCGCCCAUUGUGCUGCUUCUGAUUGGUUCAGCGGCCUGCGUCAAUCUGAAAUUCAUCUCCAAGAGGAACUCCGUGGACGGCUGCAUCGACUGGUCUGUGGACCUGAAGAGGUACCGGGUGCUUGCCGGCGAGCCGGUGAGGGUCAAGUGUGCCUUGUUCUACAGCUACAUCCGGACCAACUACACCAUGGCCCAAAACAGCAAGCUGAGACUCAUCUGGUACAAGAACAAAGGCGACUCGGAGGAGCCCAUCAUCUUCUCCGGACACCGGCUCAGCAAGGAAGAAGACUCCAUCUGGUUCCGUUCGGCCGAGCUGGAGGACAACGGCUUCUACACGUGCGUGUUGAGAAAUUCCACGUACUGCAUGAAGGUGUCCAUGUCCCUCACCGUGGAGGAGAGCGAGGAGGGGCUGUGCUUCAGCAGCCGCAUCCGGCACGUGGAGAAGGCCGAGAUCACCAAGAGCAAGAUGAUCACCUGCCCAGAUAUUGAGGAUUACCUGGCCCCAUACAAGCAGCCCCGGAUGACCUGGUACAAGGAGUGCCAGAAGAAGCAGUGGAGGAGCUCCAUCAUGGUGAACACCACCCAUGUGUGGAUCCCCGAGGUGCAGGAAGACGAUGGAGGGAACUACACCUGCGAGCUCCAGUAUGGCAGCAGGGUGGUGAGGAGAACCACCGAGCUCAAAGUCACAGCCCUGCUCACCACCAGGCCCCCGAAGGUGCUGAACCCUGCGGAGAGGCAGGCCACUGCCAUCUACGUCCAGCUGGGCAUGCCGCUCAGCCUAGAAUGCAGAGCCUUUUUCGGCUACAGCGGGGAGUCCAGACCAAUCAUCUACUGGAUGAAGGGCGAGAAGUUUGUGGAGGAGCUGGAAGGACACAUUAAGGAGAGCGAAGUAAGGGUCCUCAAGGAGUUCCUGGGUGAGAAGGAGGUGGAGCUCUCACUGACCUUUGACGCGGUGGAGGAGACCGAUAUGGGAAACUAUACCUGCUAUGUGGAGAACCACAUCGGCCGGAGGCAUGCAAGUGCCAUCCUACAGAGGCGAGAUGUGUACCGGCUGGAGCUGGCCGGCGGCCUGGGGGCAAUCCUGCUCCUGCUGGGCCUCCUCAGCGCUAUCUACAAGUGCUACAACCUAGACAUCCUGCUGUGUUACCGCCGGCACUUUGGCAGCGAGGACGGCGAGGACGAUAACAAAGAGUACGACGGCUACCUGUCCUACACCAAGGUGGACCUGGAGGCGCUGGGCCGCUCUCCCAGUGACGAGGAGCAGUUUGCUCUGGAGGUCCUUCCGGACGUGCUGGAGAAGCAUUACGGCUACAAGCUCUUCAUCCCGGAGCGGGACCUCAUCCCCAGUAGCAGCUACAUGGAGGAUCUGGCCCGGAGCGUCGAGCAGAGCCGCAGGCUCAUCAUGAUCCUGACCCCCGAGUUUGUGGCCAAGCGCGGCUGGAGCAUCUUCCAGCUGGAGUCCCGCAUCCACGGCAUGCUGGUGACGGGCGAGAUCAAGGUCAUCCUCAUCGAGUGCGCCGACCUGCGCAGCGUCAUCAACUACCAGGAGGUGGAGGCCCUCAAGCACGGCAUCAAGCUGCUGUCCGUCGUCAAGUGGAAGGGCCCCGCCAACAACCGGCUGCAGUCACACUUCUGGAAGCGACUGGUCUACGAGAUGCCCGUCAAGAGGAAGGAGACGCUGUCGCGCCGGCAGGUGCUGGAUUCGGGCGAGCAGGGCCUCUUUGGCGACCUGCAGACCGUCUCCAGCAUCGCCAUGACCAACACCUCCGCCUCGCUGGCGCCCAGCCAUUCCGACGUGCCGGACUUCGACCCGGCGGGCCGCCCGCAGAUGAGACACUUCUGCCGGGUAUACGAGUACCAGGUGCCACCGUCCCCGGUGCACACGGGCACGCUGGGGGACAGGCACACGUACUGCAACAUCCCCAUGGCGCUGCUCAACGGGCAGACGAUACCCGGCGGGGGCAGCGGUGGCGGCAAAGCCAAGACCGAGCUGCACUUCAACAGCACAUUCGUGCCACUGACCAGCCGUGAGCUCACCAGCGACAUCUGGUAGACGGGAAGGGUACUGCAGCGUGACAUGGAUUUUGAUUACCUGCAUGAAAACUCGACUUUUAACGAAGACGACUUUUAACGAGCACUGGGGUACAAAAAAACCAGGACCUGUCCGGGACUUUUUCAUUUGGUCUUUAAUGUUUGGGGAUUUUAUUUAUUAUUAUUAUUAUUAUUAUUAUUAUUAUUAUUAUUAUCAUCAUCGUUUGACUUUCUUUUCCGUCGGCCGUAAAACGAGGGUUAUUUCAGAAGUGAUUUUCCUACUUGAAUUUCUCCUUUUCGGAGACGGGGUAAUAUAUAUGACCUUGUUUUUAAAGCUCAAGCUGCUCUUACUCUGUACAGUUUUCCUAUCUGCUGGGAGCGUGCAUAGAAGGCUGACGUGAUGUGCCGUGUGUGUGCAGUUCCCCAUCUGGGCUCCAGGGGGCAUAAAGGAGGACUCCGCUCGUCAAAGAGACACUGUAUUUUGUGAGCAUUAUUAUAUUUAAGCAGAAGUUCCAUGUCUGAAUUUACACAAGGUAAUUGUCAUAGUUUGAAGCCAAUUAAAUAUGAAUAUUUGAAAUA